AUGGCGGCCAUCAAUGGCUUCCACCACCAUGACCUGCACCUCGACCUCUCCAGCCACAGCAGCAGCACCACCACCACCGAUGACUUCUCCCACUGGAGCCAAGGCUGGUCCCCCGUCGUCGACUGGGAAGUCCUGUCCGGCCACCACCGCGACGAUUUCCACGACCUUCUAGCCGGAGCCACCGCCGCCGUUGAUGCAGAGGAGGAGGGUUUCAACAAUUACAGCCCCACCACCACAACCAACUCCGGCGACACCUCGACGACGGCGGCGAUGGUGAUCGAUCACGAAGAGCAAGAAGAAGGAGAAGAAGAUCAGGUGGAAGAGGAACAGGACUCGAAAGGGCUGAGAUUGGUCCACCUCCUGAUGGCGGCGGCGGAGUCCCUCACCGACGGCCCGACGAGAUCCCCCGAUCUCGCCCGCGUGAUAUUGGUUCGGCUCAGGGAACUGGUUUCCCCUCACCACGGCUCCAACAUGGAGCGAUUGGCUGCUCAAUUCACCGACGCCUUGCACUACCUGCUCGACGGCGGCGGCGACGGCGGCGGCGGAAGCAAGAAUCGGCAGCAAUUGACCCCCAAUUGCCACCGGGACGAGCACCAGCCGGCGGAUGUCCUGGCGGCGUUCCAAUUGCUGCAGGACAUGUCGCCGUACGUCAAAUUCGGGCACUUCACCGCCAAUCAGGCGAUCCUCGAGGCGGUGGCCCAGGAGCGGCGGAUCCACAUCGUGGAUUACGACAUCAUGGAAGGGAUCCAGUGGGCCUCGCUGAUGCAGGCCCUGGCGUCCAGAAAAGGAGGCCCACCGACCCCUCACCUCCGGAUCACGGCCCUGUCCCGGGGCGGGAGCGGGGCCCACCGGAGGAUGUCGAUCGGGACCGUGCAGGAGACCGGCCGGCGGCUCGUCGCCUUCGCGGCGUCGAUCGGGCAGCCGUUCUCGUUCCACCAGUGCCGGCUCGACUCCGACGAGACGUUCCGGCCGUCGGCGGUGAAGGUCGUGAGAGGGGAGGCGUUGGUGAUGAACUGUAUGCUCCACUUGCCUCACUUCACGAACCGGGCGCCCGAAUCCGUCGCGUCGUUUCUGAACGGGUCGGGUUGCUUGAACCCGAGGCUGGUAACCGUGGUGGAGGAGGAGGUGGGGGCCACAGGCCGUGGGUUUAUGGGUCGGUUCAUGGAUACCCUGCACCACUACUCCGCUUUGUACGACUCGCUGGAGGCCGGGUUUCCGAUGCAGGGCCGGGCGAGGGCGCUGGUGGAGCGGGUGUUUUUGGGCCCAAGGAUAGUGGGCUCGGUGGGCCGGAUUUACAGGACCCGGGGGAGGGGAGAGGACGGUGAAAGCGGGACGUCGUGGUGGGAAUGGUUGGGUGCGAACGGGUUUAGGAGAGAGGGCGUGAGCUUUGCGAAUCAUUGUCAGGCGAAGUUGUUGCUUGGAUUGUUCAACGACGGGUACAGGGUGGAGGAAUUGGGGUGCAACCGGUUGGUUCUGGGUUGGAAGUCAAGGCGCUUGCUCUCUGCUUCCAUUUGGACUCCGCCGCCGGCGCUUUCGGAUUCCGAUUGA